AUGGAUAACAUAAAUCAACCCAUUAAAAUUGAGGCAUUCUUUGAAUUUCAGAAGUUUCAGCAAUUCUUUCAUUUACUACACUUUAAGUUUUAUCGCAAUGAUGAGGGACGCAUUGUCAACAGAUCGGAAUUGGUUUUCUUUACGGGCUUUUCCUUGGACAUCUGGUUCUUUGGUGUCAAUUUAUUUGAUAUUUUCUGGUCGAUGUAUCGAGGCGUGGCUUCCAGUCAAAAUCUGCCCGUCCUGAGUAUUUCGGUAUAUUAUGCCAUCCGUGGAAUAUUGUUGUAUACGAAGCGACACGAAAUUAUCGACUUCAUCAACGUGAUGGAUCGGGAAUUUCCACGGGAUUUGCCCACACAACGGCACCUCCAAGUGCCGGAGAUAUAUGAGCAGCACAAGAAGCGGAAAGGCUACGUCGGUCUCUUUGCAUACGUCGCUCUUGGUGGCUUCAGCAUUGCACCGAUUAUUUUCUACAUACUCGCCUAUGAGGAUCGGAAUGCGCCCAUCCUGUUGGACCAACAGCUCCUUGGAGGCUGGCUACCGUACAAUAUUCGACAGAUCCAUUUACUGUAUCCAUUCGUGUGGAUCUACGACGUCUACGCCAUGCUCGUCGGCGUAACCUACUUCACCAGCUUCGACACCCUGUUCAUUGCAUUUCAGACGCUGCUGCGAAUGCAUCUGAAUGGCCUGCGCAGGCAGAUAGAGCAGCUCAAUGCCGUCGACAGUGAGCAUCCAGUGGAUGAGAAGAGGUUCUAUGCGUACAUCAGCAGCUUGAUACGCCGCCAUCAAGAGAUCAAUGUGCUAUGCGACAAGUUUAAUGAUCUAUUCAAGCUGGCAAUCUUUUUGAGCGAUCUGGUCGGAGCCACCUCCAUCUGUUUCCAUUUGUACUUGAUGUCCGAGGCAAGCGACAAACUGAUGAUUGCCAAGUUCUUAGGCCCCACCAUGGCUCUGGUAGCCUUCACCUUUGAGUGUUGCCUGCGUGGCUCACAGCUCGAGGAGGCCUCAGCGGGCUUGAAUGAGGCAUUGUAUAACCAUGGUUGGUAUCACGGCAGCAAGAAAUACCGCAAAGUGAUGCUGAUCUGGAUUAAAUAUUCUCAGUGCACCCGCAAAUUAACGGCUUAUGGGUUGGUGGAAGUUAAUAUGAUGCACUUUACGGAUAUUAUGCAACUUGCUUACAGACUUUUCACAUUUCUGAAAUCGCGACAGUAGAUAUAUAGAG